UAAAGAGAGAGGGAGACAGAGGUAGGGAGGGAGAUGGCUUCUAACGUAUUUGGAAACCCCAUCACAAACGCAACAUUAGAGGGGAUGCCAGAGUAUAUUGGGAAGAGAAUAGAUAAAAAAGAUAGGGCACAUGUGGCUAUGUAUAAGAAAAACGAUCAGGGGAAGGACGUCGACGCCCGAACACAUGUGGAGAAUUUGAAGAAGCAAUAUGGUAUUGGAGUGUCCUCACUUUGCCUUGUUUACAAUGCAACUGGCGAUACUUUAACAUAUGUUACUUGUAUUGAUUGGUAUGGCCACAUUGGGACCUCCCCAUACCAGAUCGCAAACGGGCAGUGGGGUGUGUUUUUGCACGUCAAAACUGCCGGACAGGCUACUGGAUCGGUUGCGGCUGUUGUGUAUCGCGGAAAGAAUGCGGUUGGUAGUAUCUGCGACUGGAUGCUGGCAUGGAGGAACCCAUGGAAUCGGCACCUUUUUACAAACACGGUCGAUACUGAUAUAGGGCCAGAAAAUCAUUUUAAGGCUGAAGUUUGGCGCACGGUCUAUAAUCGUUUGGUUAAGAAUGGCCUCUGCGUCAGAGCCCAAUGGAAUGGAUGUUUGUCAACCAUAUCAACUGGCUGCUUCACUUCCCCAGUAGUCGAAGCAAUACUCACUUUGGAAUGAAUGAGUUAUAUAUGAUGCACUCGUAACACUUUAAUUUCUCGUAUGGAAUGCCAUUAAACUUGGCAUGCAAAAUAAAAUGUGAUGAACGAGCGCUAUUACAUGUUGUAUUUGCUUAAAUCAUAAUCAGAUCAAGACCUGAAUCUCAAUAUAUGUAUAACUGUAAACUAAAUGUAUAAUGUUUAUCAAAAUAACGUAUAUGAUAUUUGGAGAAAGUAUUUUGGUCUAAUAUA